AUGUUGCUCGCGAUGCAUAUAGGCGCCAUGAACGAUGACGAUUUGUGCAUGGACUUGCUCAAUGUAGAGGCAGAGGAUCUGGGCAAGAGACCUGCUCUGAUGGUCUGGGGUGAGCCAUGGGAUAUCAUGGGGUGGGAAGCAAAUCUAUCGUUCCUGAAGAAAUGGGGUUGGCUUAUUCGUGGUUGUCCUGAAAUUUUAGAAGGGUCGAACUACUGGCGUGAGAAGAGAGGAGCAGUAACAAGGCCGGCACCUGCUUCAUACCACGAGAAACAUUUCAAUUCGAUUCAUGAAAGUCUCUCCGAGAUCAAGGAGAGCUUGCGCAGACUCGACCAAAGUCAGGCAUCCCUGAAACCUUCAUUAGGAGCCGCAGACAUAUCGACAGAUCAGAUCGCCCCUUCUGCUUUGGAGACCACUUUUCAGGGUGAAACGUCUUUCAACAAUCUAUCUGCUCUUGCUUCCAUCUCAGCUGAAGUCUCUGCUAGAGAGGCAGAACAUACUGGGCAGGGUGGUGACAUCUAUACGUCUUUAUCGUCCCUAAAAGAUCUCCUUAGAAAUGAGGGAAAGCCUUCAUCAGCAGACUAUGUUUCAUUCCCACUCGCUUCGAAGGCAGCCACUACGAAAACCGACUUGCCACCAGUGUCAGCGGUGCUUGCGGUGUUAAGAAGAGCCUCAGCUCACGCACCAUUUGUGAUAAUCCACAGUGCUCAAAGAGAUCAUGCUGUGCUGGAAGAGCUUUGCAAGAAGAUCUACUUCCCCACUAAGCCCUAUACGAAGGGAGAGCUUACUCUGAUGAACGGAAUGCUCUCGUUUGUGUUCUUCGAGUAUAGCGCGAACCCUUGCCCAGACAUCUCAAGCUCUGACUGUGUCACUUAUGGGAAACUAUGCGAAAAGAACUUCAUAGCAGGACUGCAGGACUACGAAUGUUUAGUCACACCAAAACUGGAGAAUAUACAAUGCUUGAUGAUCGGAGCAAUGAAGGCGCAAGAAGACUCUUUGCCUUCCUUGUGUUGGACUUUCGUCUCUGCAGGUGCUCGAUUAUGCCAGAUUCUAGGAUACCAUCGCGAAGCCGUCGUGGCUCGAGAUCCACCAGAGCGGAAGUCAAGCGACACGCUUUCUGGAUAUGAUGACAUCGAUGUCAAGGUAUACUCACUCUCAUCGAAUCCGCGAUUCCGUCCUUGGGAUCGAGCCUUCCAUGCAUUCAUAGAAUUCUCCAGACUGCAAGGAAGAAUCUACGAUCGUUUGUAUACUGCAAAGGCUCAGCGGGAGCAGCCCGAAACAAGAGCGCGUGCAGUAGAGGAGCUGUCGGCGUUAUUUUCAGCUUGGCACACCAAGUUCAAAGAGAUUGACACCACAGGUGCACAAGACAAGAACGAUCUGGACCUGAUUGUGGGAUCAUCCGACUUCAUUUUCUACUCAGCACUGAAUCUUCUAUAUGGGGCUAAGACAUCGCCUGCAGCUGCAACCCAUAUCAGUGCCAAAAGGUACGAAGUGGCGAGACUGAGCCUGCAGUGCCAUAUACGAAGUACCGCCAGAUUAUUGUCAAAUGAUGUACCAAAAUGGAGGAUAUAUUCUGACUGGAUCUUGCUGUACUCAUCCUUCACUCCAUUCCUGGUAGUGUUCACGCACGCGAUUGCGUCGCAUAGUAGCGAGGACGUCGAGCUUCUCGACCAGGUUCUACAGACGCUAGAAGCGCCUCGGGGUUAUUCUGAAGCUGUCAAUCGGCUGUAUCAAGUAUGCAGAGUCUUCCUGGAAUUCGUGAAAGCCUUCGUCCCUUCCCAUCAUCCAUUCUUUGGAUCCUAUAACCUUGAGGAGGAUUCCUUUACCUUCCCUUCUAAUGGCGGCGAGUCUUUGUCGCUGGCUCAAAACAUAGGCACAUGCGACCCUAUGAGUGAAAAUCAAGAAGUAAGAAACGAUGAUCUGGAAUCAAUGGCAGUCUUUCUGGAAAAUUGUCUCGGUGAGAACAGCGGUAUGACUGGCUUAUGGAGUCAGGACUUCUCCAACUCGCAGUGGAUGUGA